AUGUCUGCCGCAAAUGCCAAAAUCAUAUCCACUAGCCCUCUGUCCGAUGGCGAGGCGAGAUGGAUCAAACUCAUCAAAAUCAACUACCAAGACGCAAAAGGCACCCCCCGAACCUGGGAGUCUGCCGAGCGACGCACCCGCCCUGCCAACACUGACAUCGAUGGCGUCGGCAUAGUCGCCAUCCUCGACAAACCCACCGGCAAGGAGAUCAUCCUCCAGAAGCAGUACCGCCCGCCCAUCGGCAUGGUGACCAUCGAAGUACCCGCCGGUCUUGUCGAUGCAGGCGAAUCGGCGGAACAAGCUGCCGUCCGUGAACUUCGCGAGGAGACUGGCUAUGUUGGUGUGCCUACCGAAAGCUCACCCGUCAUGUACAACGACCCUGGGUUUUGCAACACCAAUUUGCGCAUGGUUCACAUGUCUGUUGAUAUGAGCCUGCCUGAGAACCAGAAUCCUACGCCGCAGUUGGAAGAUGAUGAGUUUAUUGAGGUGUUUACCGUCAAGUUGGUUGACUUGUGGGACGAGUGUAAGAAGUUGGAGGCUGAGGGAUGUGCGAUUGAUGCGCGGGUUGGUACCUUGGCUGAGGGGGUGUUGCUGGCGAAGAAGUUGGCACUGUGA